UUAUAAUUCCACGGCGAAGAUUGAAGCGGCAGCGCGAGCAAAAAAGAACCGGCAACACACAAACACCCCACGCCCGCCCUUUAGCACUCUCGGCGUUUCUGCGUUACGCCUGAAAAAUAGAUCGGAACUCGAAGAACUUUCUGGAGUUUGACGACGCCAUUCUUUCUGCUUCUGAUCUUUGAUUUGAUUUUCAGAUUCUCAAAUAACACGACGAAUUGUAGCUAUUGACUGUAUUGGACUGGUGAAAGCUGUGGUCUUUGGUCGUUUUGCUUUUUGAUAUGGCAGAUCCAACUGAACCCGAACCUCAACAGACUGAAGCAGUGUGCAAUUUUUUUAGAAAACCGAUGAAGAACAAGAAUAUUAGAAAGAGAAUGAUUGAUGAGGAUCAGGAUGAGGAUUCAAAAACUCAAACCUCUCUGUUACACAGUCAGAAAAAAGCCCCGAAAGCUGACAAUAAGCUCUACUUUUCUACUGGACCGUCAAAGAAAUCGUCUGAAUCAAAUGCAGAACCUGAAAGGUUGUUAUUUCAAUUCGAGUCUUCUAAGGAAAUUCAAGUUCAGCAUGAUAGUAGAGCAACUGCAACUCUAGAAACUGAGACUGAGUUUUCGAAAGAUGCCCGGGCCAUUCGUGAGAGAGCUCUAAAGCAAGCUGAUGAUGCUUUGAAGGGUAAAAAAAUGAGUUCUGGUGAUGAAAAGUUGUACAAGGGGAUUCAUGGGUAUACUGAUCAUAAAGCUGGGUUUCGAAGAGAGCAAACGAUUUCAAGUGAGAAAGCUGGUGGAUCACAUGGGCCUCUCAGGGCUUCUGCUCACAUAAGAGUGUCAGCAAGGUUUGAUUAUCAGCCGGAUAUAUGUAAGGAUUAUAAAGAAACUGGUUACUGUGGGUAUGGAGAUUCAUGCAAGUUUAUGCAUGAUCGAGGGGAUUACAAGUCUGGGUGGCAGAUGGAGAAAGAAUGGGAGGAAGCAGAAAAGGCAAGGAAGAGAAAUUUGGCCUUGGGAAUGGACGACGAGGAGGUUGGGGGUGCAGGGCACGAUGAUGAUGACGAAGAUGAGCUGCCAUUUGCUUGUUUCAUUUGUAGGGAAAAUUUUGUGGAUCCUGUCAUGACGAAAUGCAAACAUUACUUCUGUGAGCAUUGCGCUUUAAAGCAUCAUGCGAAGAACAAGAAGUGUUUUGUGUGCAAUGAACCUACUCUUGGCAUCUUCAAUGCAGCUCAUGAAAUACGCAAAAAGAUGGCUGAAGCUGGGUGCUGAGUGGAGUGACUGAAGGUCCCUUGCUGCCUCCUGUUUUUCCUUCUCCCCGGCCGCAACCAUCGCUGUCAUAGUUGAUGCUGCAACAUAAGCAGCCACCUCUGAUUUAUAUACUCGCUGAGGUCUCUCACCAUCUUCAACGGGCUGGUCUCCGUCCUUGACUGGUUGGUUUCCAGUACUGCUUGAAUCAGUACAAUCACCUUCCUGCUGAGGUUGAAUGCCAUGAGAAAGAAGGCCCUGUGCACGUGAUUGGACAUAAGAUGCAGCUGAGGCAGCAAUCCCAUAAGCAAGAGAUGUGCGGAUGGGGUGAUUCUGCUCAGGUUCCUCCGUGUUCCCUGAGUUGGAUUUGGCAACUACAAGGGUAGCUGCAGGGGCGUGAGUCGCGUCAUGAUCAAGCUUCUCUUUCACGGCAGCAGCCUCCGCUUUCUUUUCUAAAGAAGAUGUGACAAAGUGUAGGCCGUAAUAUCUCCUCAAAUCCAUGGCCUGCAUAUUAAUGGAUGAAUUACUAGUGUUAGAUGCAUAUUUUGCUUGGGCUGGCAUUACCUCUCUGGGCUGAUGAAUGAUGAAGGAAGUAGAUUACUGACUA